AUGGCACCGUCCGAGUUUAAACCAGAUGCACCACUUCCUGGCCCUCCCCGACCGCCUCCGAAGCCGCCUGCUCAUAGCUAUCCUAAUGUAUCCUGGAGACCACCACCAAGAACUUAUAACGAGGAAGCUUCAAUUGCUGAGCGAGCGUAUGCAGCACAAACACCAGCACAAGUACCUCCUCCGGUACACCAGAGCCGCACAAUGACAGCGGCACGAAAGACCUAUCCUUAUCCUGGCGGGCGAUACACGACUCCAAGAGAGGAAAUUCAAUAUGCUUACUUUGCUCCCGGUGCUCAGCCGCCUCCAGUACCAGAAAAAGAAACUUUCGGAGAAAGCACCCAUGCUGCUGAAGCGUGGAGGCGAAGCCAAGCAGACAUGAGAGAAGAAGGCCCGGGAAGCGGCUUGCGAUAUCUGGUGGUACGGACAUGGCUCAAUGCCCUCCUUCUUUUCGUACCAAUAGCUUGGCUUGGACACUUUCUCAAUUGGGACUUCAAAGUCGUCUUUGCUCUCUCUUUCGUGGCGAUUGUUCCUUUGCAGAUUGUGUUAGAUUUCCUCGGGGCACAGAUGAAGUUACAUUGGGGAAAGACACUAGGCGGCCUAAUGGCCGUGACGAUAGGCAAUGGUGCCCCGGCUUCUCUUGCUGUUAUUCUCCUCCUGAGAUGCGAACUUCGGCUGCUUCAAUCAGUCGUUGCAGGGGUACUACUUCUACAACUUCUGGUUCUCCCGGGGGUUGCUCUGCUUGCUUCACAGGCCGGGGGUGCACCGGCACGACUAAAUCAAUCUCUCAUCUCACUUGCGGUUCUGUCAUUGUUAGUUCUUGUUGCGUUCUACGCAGCAACGUUCGGCAUCGCCCUUCCCGCGACGACCGCUCAAGUCACGACCACUCAAGCAGAAAUUCUCCAAAUCAGCAGGGGGAUGGCGAUUAUUCUCAUUGUCGUCUACCUAGGUUCCCGACUGAUUCUUCCUUGGAUCGUGAGCGAGGAUGUAAGCUACGAAGCGCCAGAGCGCGAGAUAAGGGAAAUUUACGAAGAAGAAGAGCCCAUCGUGCCUCCGUGGCUUUGCAUUUUCCUCGUUGCAAUCUUUCUUGGCGUCCUUAUUGUGACCGUUCUAUGGCUGGUUGAUAGCUUCCCCUUCGUCACAACAGAGCCUUUCACUCUUGAAUGGUUCGGUCUUAUCCUUCUUCCAUUCCUCACCUUUGGAUCUGAUGUUCUCAUUGGCCUGUGCUAUCUAUUCCAACGAGCCAUCCUGCCUAUGACGGAUCCACUGCCUCCUCGUCCUAGUGGGCUUGCAAUGGAUUUAUCGAUUCAGUUUGCACUCUUCUGGCUCCCUCUUGUCGUUUUGAUUGGUUGGGGACUGGGCAAGCCAAUGUCUUUGUUAUUUGAUCUAUAUGAAGUUGCGAUACUUAUAGGUGUCAUGUACCUCACCAACAACUCUUCUCUUGAUGCGUGGACAACUCCUGCCGAGGGUCUACUACUCGUUGCUGGAUACGUCAUGAUCGGAUUAUGUACAUGGUUUUACGUUGGUCAGCCCGCUAUUGCGACAUUGUUGACGUGCGCAACAUGA